AUGUCUUCUUCCGAACUAGUCGAUAUUACAGGACUAGAUAAAGUCAAGUUGAUGUUGGCACUUUACGAAAAAGCAUGUCGGAGCAUGUACGAUGUUGGCCAUCUUAGUGCUGAGGAAGCUCGCUGCAUGUUCGAUAAACAGAAGGGCAAUUUCGACUACGUGAAUGGUCGUUGUUUCAAGUGUAAUCUUAGCGGGGACUUUGUUUCCCCAUGGGGUUACGACCGUGACGCAGGCAAGGGGCGGUUCGAGGAGGUGGUUACAGAAUUGCGUAAAAACGGCGACUCUUAA